AUGAUCCAAUUCCUUCAUUUCGUGGCUACUGUGCUCGCCCUAGCUUCAACUGUUGUAUCGACAGGCCUGCUAGUACCACUAUACUCCUGGCCUGGCACAAAUGCCUGGAAUACCAUCUAUGACUCAAUUGCCGCCCAUCCAUCAGUCCGAUUCUACCUUAUCAUCAACCCAGAAAAUGGCCCUGGCGCCGGAGAGUACCCAGAAGACGCCUACAUCACCGCAAUCGCAAAGCUAAACAGCUACUCCAACACCAGAGUCCUGGGCUAUACCCACACGGAAUAUGGCAGCCGCGCACGCGCCGAAGUCGAAAAGGACAUUGCCGUCUACGCUAAAUGGUCUAGCUACAAAUCGCAGAAUAUCGGUCUCACCGGUAUUUUCUUCGACGAAGCUCCUAGUGGCGGAGACCCGAGCCACCUCGCAUAUUUCCAGCACUUGUCCCAGACCACGAAGGAAAGCGGCUUGAACACCGUGAUCUUCAAUCCUGGUGUCAAAAUUGUGGCUGAUGUUGAGAAGUGGUUUGAGGCCGCAGACUUCAUUGUGGAGUAUGAGGAUACUUAUGCCAACUGGGUUGCGUUGGCUCCCACCGAGCACUUCUCGACACCGGAAAACUAUGGCAAGGAUGCUAUGAUCUUGAAUCAGACGCCUGAGGAUGCGGACAUUGAUUCUGUGGUGAAGAUGGCGAAGGGUAUGGGUCUCGGGGCUAUCCAUCUGACUUACGAUGAUAGUUAUAUGAGUCUUGCUACGGUGCCGAAGAUUGCUGUUGCUGUUGCCCAAGAUCGACGUGUUAGGAGCAGGGCGCAAUAG